AUGAAGGAAAUAGUACAAGCGAUCAUUUUUCGGUUACAGCAAGUGCUGUGGACUAUAGUGACCGUUAUAAGUCUGAUAAAGGAUCGCAUAACUUAUGACUGGGAUGAACGAUAUAUCCAGACAAAGACAGUCCGUCUUCACUAUGUUCAAACGGGUGGUGACGAUAAACCAUUGCUCCUGAUGUUACACGGUUUUCCCGAAUUUUGGUACUCAUGGAGAUAUCAACUCAAGCAUUUUGCUGACAAAUAUCGAUGCAUAGCGCUAGACCAACGAGGUUACAAUCUCUCUGGCAAACCAAUCCAUACCGAAGACUAUCACAUAGAUUAUCUCAUCGAUGAUAUUCGAGAAGUUGUAGAAGGGCUAGGUUACAAGAAAUGCUUUCUAAUGGGACAUGAUUGGGGAGCAAUAGUUGCAUGGCAGUUCGCAUUGGUCUACCCUGAGCUUGUUGAGAAGCUUGUCAUUCUCAAUGUUCCUCAUCCACUGGCCUUCCCAGCGACUAAUUUCGAGCAAAUGCGAAAGAGUUGGUAUGUUUUCUUUUUCCAAACACCUAUGCUGCCAGAGAUGGCUGUACGAAGUCGCGAUCUACACAUGUUCGAUUUAUAUUUUCGCGCCAGACACGCAGGAAUUCGAAAUAAAGAAAAUUUUACAGAUGAAGAUUUGGAAGCUUUCAAGCAUGUGUUCAGCCAGGAAGGCGCCCUUACCGGACCAAUCAACUACUAUCGUAACAUUACAAAACGUGUGUUACAGCCGGGACAGAGAAUCUGCAAGCCACCAACACUUAUCGUUUGGGGUGACCAGGAUGCAUUUUUAGUCAAAGAAGGCGCAACAAACAGCUUGAAGUUCUGCGAAAAUGGUCACUUAAUAUUCCUCAAAGGCACAUCGCAUUGGGUCAUGCAAGAUGAGCCAGAAAAAGUCAAUCGAUACGUGGAAGAGUUCCUCAGUGGCUCUGGCAAGUCCAAGAAGUGCCUCCUGACUUGAAUCCUUCACCCUGGUUGUCCUGCUUUAUAUGAACAAACAUUAAUGACCAGAAUCUUUAUUAUGUAAUUAUAAAAUAAAGAAAGGGGAAGGGAAACCGCU